AUGUACAGACAACGUGGAGGAUUCAGAGGAGGGUAUGGUCACCAUGACAGACCACAAAACCGUGGACCCCCAGAUAGGGUCCUUGAGAUGGGAAUAUUCUUCCACUCGUGCGAAGGUAGUAUAGUGUGUCGAUCGAUAAAUGAAAAGGUGCCAUAUUUCAAUGCACCAAUAUAUCUUGAAAACAAGACGGAAAUAGGAAAAGUGGAGGAGAUUCUUGGUCCUGUGAAUGAAGUUUAUUUCACAGUAAAGCCAUCUGAAGGUGUUCAGUCGGAUUCUUUUAAAGAUGGUGAUAAGUUCUACAUUGGAGGAGAUAAGCUACUUCCGCUUGAUAGAUUUUUACCUAAACCUAAAGACUACGGACCAAAGCCUAAGAGAAAUAGAGGACCAAAAAGAGAAGGAGGCCGUGGUGGAUUCUCAAGAGGUGGAAGCCGUGGUGGAUUUUCUAGAGGUGGAAGAGGUGGAUUCUCAAGAGGUGGAAGAGGUGGAUUCUCUAGAGGCGGAAGAGGUGGAUUCAAUAGCCGUGGAAGAGGAGGAUUCAGUAGUCGUGGAAGAGGGGGAUUCAUUAGUCGUGGAAGAGGGGGGUUCGGUAGCCGUGGAAGAGGGGGGUUCGGAGAAAGACAUUAA